AUACCCACUCAUCUCCACGACAUUUGACGAACGAUUUACCACUCAGCGAGUGUUCGUGAACUCGUGGGACUCAGGGAGAUGGAGGAAGAAGGUGGUGCGGACAAACCAGCUGUGUGAUAGCCAGCGGGCGGAGGGGGUGUGUCUGCGUUAUCAUCCUCCUCAGAGUCCGGGGUGGGAGACGACACGCUGGAGCUCCUGCUGCAGCUGCAGUGACGAGGCGAGGGCAGUGAAAACCACGGAGGCUCCACCGCCUGCACAAACAUGAUGGCUAAUUGAUUGAUAGACCGAUCCCUGACCUCCUCCAUCAAAAGAAGAUGCUGUUUUCAUGGAGAAACCUCGCACUGACUCUGCCUCCAACUCAUCUCUUCAAAGGAAAGAUACAAUUGUGCUCUAAGCUUAUGAGGGCUCUUACUGUCUGGCAGCUGUGCGCUGUCCUAGUCAAGCAGUGAAGUGAAGACGCCCCUGCAUAGGCCGAGCUAUGGGCUGCGGGGGGAGCAGGACCGACGCUCUGGAGCCUCGCUACCUGGAGAGCUGGACCAAAGAGACCGAGUCAACCUGGCUGACGAGCACGGACACCGACAUCCCCCUGUCGUCAAUCCAGAGCAUCCCUUCAGAAAACUCUGAAGCCGGCUUUACGUCUGAGAAAACAAUGAGUCCCGUUCCAGAUUUCUUUGAAGAUGGCCUCCCUCCUCCCGCUCAGGCCUACCUGAAGGUUUGCUCAGCUGUGUCAGAGGCCAGUCUGAACGACGUGAAGCCCAGCAGCCCGCCCUCUGUGCUGGCCUCUCCACAGCAGGACAAGAUGUCGCCUUCAUCAGGCACCACAGUGCAGCGCAGAAGUGUUUUACACACUGAAGAAAUUACAAAAUGGCAAGACAACAGAAUGUCGACCAAGCAAGUGACCAUCACCGUGACCCAGAGCAUCCACCAGGUGGACAAGAAUGGGAAAGUCAAGAAAUCGCUUACAACUUAUGAGGUUAUGAAACCAGUGGAGACUUUGAACCAGGUGACCACAUGAAAAGUCUUGAGUGUAAGACCCUAGAAGGAGUCCUGCAAAGAUCUAAUAAUAAAAAGAAAUU